CACUUCCCUCAUCAAUUUAAAGGAAUAUCGUUAAACAGUUAAACUGAUGCGUUCCUAUGUGUGGAUACCGCUAUAGUGGAAAACAAACUAAAACUUUCCUAGCCAUUUAAAGCGUCAAACUACAUCCGAUUCAAAUAAUAAAUUGUGAAUAUUUUUCGGGAAAAUUGUCAACCAAAGGUUAAUACGUUAGGUGUUAUACCGUUUUUGAAUGUGUAUUCGUCCACGAAAUCUGCUUUGAAAUGGUCUCAAAUUAUGUAAUCAACGGAUCAAAAUUCCACAUUGUAGCAACUGUUUUGAUUAACGAUUCCACGAAGGUGUUGCCCGGCGCUGUCGGUGGGGAUGUCAGGACCAACACGAGCAACUUUGACGUGGAGGACUUCCUGGUGGAGAGUUUUGGUGAAAGACGGAAGGAUUUGGCAUCUGUGAUAACGCUCACGAUCGUGUACAGUGUGAUCUUUCUGACAGGGGUGAUAGGGAAUAUGUCAACCUGUAUUGUCAUAACAAAGAACUCGUAUCUCCACUCAGCAACCAACUACUACCUGUUCAGUCUUGCCGUGUCGGAUAUGCUCACACUUCUUCUAGGUCUUCCGCCGGAACUAUACAGCAUCUGGGAAGCGUACCCAUGGCGAUUCGGGGAAGUGUUUUGCAUUUUCAAAUCCUUUCUAUCUGAAAUGACAUCCUACGCGUCAGUGUUGACGAUAACUGCCUUCACAGUGGAACGAUACGUCGCAAUCUGUCAUCCUAUAAAAGCUCAGACCCUCUCCAACCUCUCCCGUGCUAUCCGGAUUAUAGUCAUUAUAUGGAUAGUGGCCUGUGCCAGUGCAAUGCCGUACCCCAUCCACACCCGAGUGUUCUAUUAUCUCAAGUACCCCAACACAACCAAACCAAUAGAGGACUCAAAGCAGUGCAACAUCCCAUUGGCUUGGAUUGAUUUCAUGAAGCACAUGUUUCAAGUGUCUUUCUUUGUGUUCUUCGUAUUGCCCAUGGGAAUCAUAAGCAUCAUGUACAUACUGAUAGGGAUCACCCUGAAGAAGUCGCAGUUUGGAGGAUCUGCUGAAGCUGGCUUUAAGAACUCGGCCAAGGCCACGGCCCGGAAGGCUGUUAUUAAGAUGUUAGUUGCUGUUGUUGUGGCGUUCUUCGUCUGCUGGGCCCCUUUCCACUCUCAACGCCUGAUGACGUCAUACUUGUCACGUAAUCAAUGGACACUGGAGCUCCUGGACUUUCAGAGUCACCUAUUCUACAUAUCUGGUGUGCUAUAUUUCUUCAACUCGACUGUAAAUCCCCUCCUUUACAACAUGAUGUCCCGCAAGUUUCGGCGGGCAUUCAAAAGGACAUUAUGCAGGUGCUGCUUCAGCCGGGAGGAACUAGCAGAGCUGAAAGGAACUUCCAGAUCGGUGCUAUAUUCGGAGCGAACGCAGUGUGUCAGCCGGUUCAAGGAUAGUUCGCCCAUCCACUUGAAAGGUAUAAACGGGAGCAUAAGAAGAACAAAGUCGGGGAAUAUCUUAACCCCCGGGCCUUCGCCCCGUGCUGUACGGCUUCUGCUGAAUGGCUACACACAGGAUCGUAGGCCACAGAGUAUGGUUCAAAAUGGCCGUCGUGUUGUGUCAUCGGUCGCGGGGCCUCCACCACUGAGCCCGUCAAUUCCACCCUCUCCAAACAUUUCCCCUGCAGCAAGUGUGGGUAGCUUUGACGGGGUGGAAAUGGAGUGUCGUAAAUUGGAUGAGGACAGUCGGUCAGUGUCACGGUCUGGUUCCUCGUCAGUGGCGUUGCUGGUCCGAUGCACUAACGUCAAGCAGAGAGACACUACAUUUGUGUAAGGCUGUUAUCUCCGGAACAGUUUGUGCUGUCGCUAUUUGAGGAGUAAAAACAUUAUUUGUGGUGUAGUGAGUAAGUUGUAUUCCAGCUAUUAUUGUAAGCCUGAUAAGGGAGGAGAGCUCACAGUGAUGCAUGUCUGAGACGUUCACCACUUUGAUGAAACGAGCAUGGUCCUGACGAACGUAGAAACGUAAUGGUGCCGAACAGGGAUUCAUAGAUGUCUUGCGUACCGAGGGGAUGCAACUCUACACCGGAAGCUGCGGUGCUUAAGACAACGGCACCAGUUCAUGCUAUAAGAACAAAUGAAUCUGGUUUUCCAAUCACUGGUAUGGUAAACGUAUGUGGCUCCUAAGGAGAUUCGAUGACAGCGACAGGCCAGCGACUGUGCUGUCUGUUAAAGAUUGGGAUUUGGAGACUUGCCUCACACAAGAAUUGUUUGCUCAAAGCAGAACCUUCACAUCUUACUACAUGCUGCUUCAGUAUUCAUAUCAUACCAUAUUCAAGUAAAUAAUAGGUUUCUUCUAACUCUCUUAUAUAUUCUCGACUUCUACUCCAUUGUACUUUUGUGUUGCUAAGUGUACUGUGUUUGUGUUAAGGCCGUAUCUAAAUCCUUGUUAUUGUAUCAGGAGAUGUUGCUUGGCAGUUAAAAAGCAUUGCGUGUUCUAUUUGUUGUAUGAUUAUCGAUGCUUUUUAAAGAAACAUUUUUCAGUAAUGAUAUCAAUCUCAGGAAGACGGUCAUUUAUUGUUAACCACUGGAUACAUCAUAUGUACAAAAAUAUACACGAAUAUUAGUGUUUUCAAAGAUAUUUCAAACCAUAGAAUCCUUAACUAAAUGAGAUGUCAAGAUGUGUUAUAUGGUACAAUAAUGAGCAUUAAUUUGCUGCUCUCCACACGAGAAAAUAAAGAAUAUAUGU